AUGUACGUGUGGGGCUCGGCAUCGGUAGCAGGGCUUCAAGCCGGACCUUCCCACAUCGAUCCGCUCCGAAAAGGCGUGGGUACGCUGAGUCGUCGCCGAUACCGUCUCUGGUUCCGCACGGUCGGCUCGGAUACGGGUACACUGUGCGAAAGCAGCCGCGCUGCACGCUAUCCGCACGAUGAUCGGCGGAAGCAGGUACAACAGACCGACAUGAGUGCGGGUAUAGCGCUCGCGAACAUUCGCGACUCCUCCAACGGCUUUAGCAACCCUCGACAUCUCGGUACUCCUCCUUCCGCAAGACCUGAGUCCUCAGGCUCAAUGGCUCCCGUGGCCUCCCGACUCGCUGGCGGCGCUCGACCAGGCGCGAUCAGGCUUCGUCGCUUCCUGUCAAAGUAUGGGCUCUCGGAGGCCGCAGUUGCCAAUGCCGUGGUAGUCGAGGCAAAUGCGAAGCGCCUCGCCAGGAUCUUGAACGAGUUCAUCGAGGGCCAGCAGCGAAGCGGUGGAACGGUCGUCAAACGCGAGGCCGGUCAGGCCGACACUGCCAAAGCCGAAACGAUCUUUGGGCUGCCUGGCACGGAUAUAACCAGCAAGGAUGUCACUGUCCCGCACUCAUGGACUCUCACGGGCUUUGAUUCCUAUGCGGGAGCUACGAAGAGCUUUGUUGGACAGAUCCACGAGAUUAGGAGCAACAGUACCUUCCCUGUCCAGCACACCUGCGUUCACGUCAAACUCGGCCGGGGAGAUGCGAACAUGAUUCUUUUCUACGUCGAAAACACGACCAAGCUCUACGAAUAUGUGGUCAGACACAUGGUCUUCGAAGUAGGCUCGCUGAUCUACGUCAAGGACCUUGUCACCACGUACGUCAACAAUGAAAUUGCUCUCAAGUUUACCCCGGACUCGACCAUCCAGCUCCUCCGACCUGGCGAGACUUCCUUCGACAAAAUCUCUCGUUUCAACGCUCGGAUCAACGCAGAGUGGAGUGGGCUCGGUAUCGACACUCUCCAGUUUGAACAAGACAAGGACGACGGCUCCCACAACAGCGGGUACGGCGCUGACGGCGCCCAGAUCGAAAACACUUUUCAGCCAUUUCUCGAGAAGCACGGUCUCUCCCAGGCCGCCGUAGGCAACAUCUUGAACAUCGAGGAACAUGCGCAGAGCAUCCCAAGGAACCUCGGGGGCCUGAUUCAGAUCGAGGAGCAACGCAACGGACCACUUGCCGCACCCAAUGUUGCUCACCGAACGGAUUCCGAGGCUGCUACCGCUUUCAGGCUGACGGAAACCGAGCUCACCAACAAGGUCGUUGAUGCGCCGCACUCGUGGAUGUACGGAUACUCGAACCUCGAAGACGGGAAGAAGAUGAGCUUUGUCGCCAAAAUCACUCGUCCCAAUAUUCCGAGAAGGGGGAGGCCCAAGGUUGUCAUGCAUUUCUGCAGUGACGGCAGUACUGCUUCCUUCUCCGUCUCACCAAAUUCGAGCUCCCCUGGAUACGCAACCCCGUAUCAUUUCACCAACGAGCUGGUCUACGUCAAGGACCUCGAAAUGAGGAUCAGAAACGGCGUCAGAAUUCUCGAGUACACCUAUACGUCGUCAAUGACCUUCAUUCGCCGUGGAAACACUUCGUUCGACGACAUCUCUCGAUUCAACGCUCGACUCAACGCAGACUGGAGCGGUCACUCUGCCGUUGAAGCAGACAAGAACGGCAGCUCCCACAACAACGGGUACGACACGGACGAUCUGGGAGAAGUCCCCAUCAGGACUUCUAGGAAGCGUGGCGUGCGCCGCGUUCGUUUCUCGCCCUAG